AUGGCGGAUCGCACCGGCAGGCGCAGGAGGUCUAGUAGCAUACUCCAGGUCCACUACGAGCCGCCCGAGACUCUCGAGCAGAUAAGUGACCAGGCCGUCGUGCCCAACCUGAAUGCCAACUGGGUCAACGCCAAAGGUGCCUGGACCAUCCACUUUGUCCUCAUCGCUGGACUCAAGAUUUUCUACGACAUCAUCCCCGGCGUAUCCCAGGAGACGUCAUGGACACUCACCAACAUCACCUACAUGGUCGGCUCGUACAUCAUGUUCCACUACGUCCGUGGCAUCCCCUUUGAGUUCAACGGCGGAGCCUUCGACAACCUCAACAUGUGGGAGCAGAUCGACGAUGGCGCCCAGUACACUCCCGCCAAAAAGUUUCUUCUCAGCGUGCCCAUCAUGCUCUUCCUGCUGAGCACCCACUACACACACUACGAUCUCGCAUACUUUAUCAUUAAUUUCAUGGCCCUCUUGGCGGUCGUCAUUCCGAAGCUCCCCUUUAGCCACCGCAUGCGCGUCGGCCUCUUUCAGAGCAGCACGCCCGACGAGUAG